UUGACGUUUCACGAUAUCGAAAGAAGAAAACUUGGGAUUGUGUAGACGUGACAACGCGGAAAGUCUUCUAACAACAGCCCCACGUUUAAAUAUUAAUUAAAAUGUCAGGUGUAGUAGAGAAUGGAUGUGAUGAAACGUAUAUGUACGACUCUGCUAUUUACAAUAAACUGGAUAAGACCAAGUUUAAAGCAGAGUAUAAAAAUGGAGUAACACCACUUAAUCCUGGAGAAAACUUUAUCAUACGCCCUCUCUGUAUAAGUGAUUAUGACAAAGGCUAUCUCAAUUUGCUCAAAGAACUUACUAUUGUUGGGGACCUGACCAAAGAACAGUUUAUAUCUCAGUUUAAUCGGAUGAAGUCUUGUGCCGACACGUAUUAUAUUACUGUUAUAGAGGAUGUGGUCAAAGGUCAGAUUAUAGGAACAGCCACAUUGGUGGUAGAAAGGAAAUUUAUACAUCAUGCUUCAGCUAGAGCAAGAGUUGAAGAUGUUGUUGUCAACAAUGAUUACAGAGGGCAGCAAAUUGGUAAAAUCCUAGUGGACCUGCUGGUGUGUCUGAGUGAAAUGCUGGGCUGCUACAAAGUUUCCCUGGAAUGUAAGGAUCACAAUGUCAACUUCUACACACUAUUUGGGUUUGAAAACCCUCCUGAGCAGAACUUUAUGCAGAUCAGGUUUUUUGAAUGAUUUAUGUAUGGUGAUGUAUUAGCUCUGAAUCUCAUUGACACUGAUCUAUAACUUGUGUCUUCAUUAUUUCUGAACAACUUUUAAUCUGAAGUUAGAAUCAAAGCUAUUUAUUGUUACAUUGAACAAGCCAUUGCAGCAUAUUGAUUGAUAAGUUUAGCAUUCUAUGUAAGUAAAUAAUUCCUUUCUCUCUCAGCCAUGAUGAUAUUGAUUUCAUGCUAAAUUUAUUUCUUACAUUAUAGUGUUUUGUAGCAAAUAUUUAUUGUAUGUGUAAACAAAGGUAUCUAAAAAUAAAAAAAGAUCUGAUGUCUUCUACCUCUUUUGAUUUCUCUAAAAUUCAAUUUACCAAACAAGAAAUCCAUUUAUUUGUGCAUUUUGUAUUGUAGAAAACAUGGUUUUGUCUAAAUUAAGUUUUUAUCACACAUUUUUGAACAAAUAAUUUUCCUGUUUUAAAUAGUUAAAACCAUUAAAUUGGUUGUUUACCACAGCAGUUUUUUUAAAGCAAUUGUUUUAAAUAUUAUAAUGUAAGAAUAUAGUUAGAAAUAGUUGAAUGAAAUAAAUGCCGUGAACUUUCAUAGAGAGUUAGCCUUUCAUUGUUAAACUAAAUCUUGUUAUAUUUAUAUUGUGAUAUAAGUGUCAUUGUUACGGAGUAUUUAACCUGUUGUGUCUAGGGUCACAAUAACAAAAUGAUUUUGUCAAGUGUUUAUAUCAAUCUAUGAAUACCAAAAUGUUUUUGUGUCAAUAUUAAUCUAUGAAUACCAAAAUGUUUUUGUGUCAAUAUCAAUCUAUGAAUACCAAAAUGUUUUUGUGUCAAUAUUAAUCUAUGAAUACCAAAAUGUUUUUGUGUCAAUAUUAAUCUAUGGUUCUUGGUGUGUAGCUUGGGAAUCUCAAUUCACUAUUAUUUUAUUUCUUUAUAAAGUCCUAUUUAUUGGUUAUAUUUUAUAAAUUUAUUUGAAUAUAAUUUUUGUCAAAUAUUUUAAUGUGACAUUUCUGGAGUGUAAUCAAUGUGAAAACUUUUGCUGUAUAUGAAGCUAUUUUAUAAUUUUAUUUGACUAAAAUUAAGCUUUAAGUAUACGUUUUUGUUUGUUUAGGUUUUAUAGUAUAGCUUAAAUUGGUAAAUUAAAAAAAAAAAGUCAAAUAAAUCAUUCCAAUAGAUCUUAAAGUCAAAUUAUCAUAAAAAUAUUUUCAGAAAAAUCUCUUUGCUUGAAAUUUUUAUUUUUAUUCCAGAUAUUCUUUGUUGAAUUAAUUAAACUUUUCACAUAAUUAAGUAUUAAGCUUUAUGUAUUUUCUUAUGAGUAAAAAUUGAACUUUCCACAUAAUUAAGUAUUAAGCUUAAUGUAUUUGCUUAUGAGUAAAAUGUAGCACUCCAAGAGUAAAUUAAUGUUACUAGCUGUGUAAACUUGGUUCUACCUUAAUUUUAGGAAAAUGUGAUGUGACGUGAAUCCAUGACAUGGUUGGAUGUGGAUAACUGUAGUGCUUGAGAUGACUAAUGGUUGUGAAUUGAAAUAAUGCUUGAGGUGACGGAUGGUUGUGAAUUGAUGGAAUGUUUGAGUGCCUCAUCACCAAAUGCAUUUUGAUGUUACACUAUAAAAUUAGCUUUUGACCCAGUGAAGUGUUUGUGCCUUACCAAAUAUUGGAAGUUAUGUUCAUGUAAACUAGACAGGUUAAAAAUGAGGGAGUAAAAUUGUCAUGUUUUCUGUAUUUUGUACACUUCCUCAUAGAUUUAAGAAACAUGCAUUUAUGUUAAAAAAAUAAUAUGCACUUUCAUUCAUACUACUUUACAACGAAAUUUGCUUUUAAAUUAAAAUGUUUGAAAUUACCUUUCAUUUUCUAUCAAAAUAAAUUUUUAAUUUAAAUACCCUCCAGAUGAUAAUUUGUAAACUAUUUUUUCUUGAUGUCAAAUGUGAUGUGUAAACUGAGAGAUGUACUCUUGUUUGUUUAUUAUUCUUUAGAAGUCUUUAUAAAAAUAGCCGGAUGUUAUUCAGGGCCAUUGUGUUAUUUGCUGUUGCUAAAAAACUUGAUUUGUUUAAUAGAUGCAAUUUUGAUGGUUUUUAUGAGCUAAAGAUGUUUUAAGGUAUUUUUGUGUCAUUAAAAUAAAUCUUUUUAAAAACUUAAAGAAAAGGGAGAAAAUACAUUUUAAUAUAUUAAUUUUGCACACAAUUUUGUACAAGUUUUUAAAUUGAAAAUCAAUUUUUAACUUAAAAAAUGUUAUUGGAUUAAAAUGACUAAUGAACUAUUCUGUUACUGUUACUUUUUUUUGUUUAAAAAAAGAUUUUUUUUACUUAGUCUUUGCAGUUUGAAGAUUCAAAUAUCUUGUUGCAAUAAGAUUUUGUUUGAGUUUGUAUGAUGGACAUUUCUAUACAGUUUAUUGUAAUAAUAUCAAUGAUACAUUAUAAUAGCAGAAUCAGGUUUUAUUCAGAUACAAGUAAAAUGUAAUAAAAAGGUGUGGAGAUGAGUAUUUCUAAUGGCUCUUUCAUUUUGUCAGGGAUUUAUUUCUGUUAGUAGUUGUUAGAACCGGCAAAACAAAUCCCUAAGACAUGACCAUCCACCAAGAAUUAGAUGAGAUCUAAUCUAUUGCUUAUUUUUUUUUUUUACUUUCUCUAGUGAAAGCUUUUGACCAAACCAAAAGAAUUUGAAUAUGAAAUAAUGAACUAAGUGAUUGAUUUUGAGAGCACUAAUUAUACUAUGUAGCAAGUUUAGACCAAAUGUUAUACACCCUUUUUAUAUAGGUUUGGCUGUAGCUGAAAACAGUGACUCAUUUUUUGUGGAGGGUCACAAAUAUGAUGUAGAGAGUCAUGUCAUACAACUUCCCCUACUGUUGUCUGUAGUUGCAAACAAAGGAAUCGUUUGUACAUGUUGUAUUGAAUAUAUUUGUGUGAUUUGUUUUUAAUUUUAUAAAACCAUCUAAACUUAUAGUUAACAAUUUAUGUUAAAAAUUACAUUAUCUCGUACGUAAUUCUAUGAACAUUUUAAACAACAAAUUACAUAAUUUAUAUUGCUAUUUCAAUAUAAUGUGUGAAAUAGUUUGUUAGGAGAAUAGUAGAUGGUGUUUGUUAAAUAAAAGAUUGAUGUUCAUGUUAAGAUAGUGUUGGUGUGUGGACAUGGUGUUAAAUAAAACAUUGAUGUUCAUGUUAAGAUGGUGUUGGUGUGUGGACAUGGUGUUAAAUAAAAGAUUGAUGUUCAUGUUAAGAUGGUGUUGGUGUGUGGACAGGGUGUAAAAUAAAACAUUGAUGUUCAUGUUAAGAUGGUGUUGGUGUGUGGACAUGGUGUUAAAUAAAACAUUGAUGUUCAUGUUAAGAUGGUGUUGGUGUGUGGACAGGGUGUAAAAUAAAACAUUGAUGUUCAUGUUAAGAUGGUGUUGGUGUGUGGACAGGGUGUAAAAUAAAACAUUGAUGUUCAUGUUAAGAUGGUGUUGGUGUGUGGACAGGGUGUAAAAUAAAAGAUUGAUGUGAGCUCCAACAUGUGUUUUAGGAAUAUUGAAUUGUAUUACACACAUUUUUGUUUUUAUCAUUUACCUCAAAUGUCGUGUGAAAAAACGUGUGAAACCCCUUUCUCUUUUUAACAUUCCCAAGUUUUUAAAAUUCUAAUGUGUCUAGAUCUAGUAAUAUUUUAUUUUAUUUUUUUAUUCUUGUAUAUUUAGUUACAUUUAUUUUAAAUAAGAAUCAGGGGAAGGUAUUAAUUUUCCACUUUUAUUUUAUCUUCCUAAGGGAAGUAAUUUUUUUUAAAAUGCUAUAUUUAUAAAUUAAAGUAUUUAUUGUUUUGUUUGAUUAUCAUAAAAUUAAAUUAUAAGAACAAGUGAUGAACACAUUGUCUGUCCAUAUUAUUGGUGAUGUAUGAUGUUGUAAAUAUGUUUUAGAUCUUACUACUUGAAUUGGCCCAAAACAUAAAUUGGAUCUAUUGUGUGGGGAAAUAAACAUUUUGAA